GCACCCUUCUCUUUCAUGGGAGGUAGAGAGAGAUAUAAACAAGACAAUGUGAGGGAGGCAGAGAAAGAGACUCCAUUCCAUCAAUCUCUCAACAUCACAUCUCUUUCAAAUCUCAUUCCUAUGGUGUCCAAACAAGCCCCAACAAACCAUCUUUGUAACCCGAGGAGAUUUUCUCUCUUCGUUUUCCUUCUCUUAGUCCUACCUAUUCCUACUACUUCCAAUCUCUCCUUGGAUUUCUACUCAUAUUCGUGCCCAGAUCUUGAAAUGCUAGUGAAAAAUGCAGUGAGGUCUGAGUCGUCCUUCGAUCCUACUCUCCCUGGCAAGCUGCUUCGAUUACUCUUCCACGAUUGCAUGGUGGAGGGUUGUGAUGGAUCGGUGUUGAUUGAUGGAGAUGGGACCGAAAGAAGCGAUCCGGCCAACACAUCCUUAGGUGGACUUGGGGUCGUUGGAUCUAUUAAAAAACUAAUUGAUGUGUUUUGCCCAGACACUGUUUCAUGUGCUGAUGUCCUUGUUUUAGUUGCUAGAGAUGCUGUAGAAAUGGCUGGAGGACCUGCGGUUGAAGUUCCAAUGGGGAGGAGAGAUGGGAGGGUCUCUUUGGUUUCAAACGUGCGAAGUAACAUGGUUGACACGAGUUUCACCAUUGAUGAGAUGAUUCGACUCUUCGCCUCAAAAGGGUUAUCUCUUGAAGAUCUUGUUGCUCUCUCUGGAGCUCAUACAAUUGGGUCUGCGCAUUGUAGCGCAUUUAGCGAUCGAUUCAAAGAGGAUUCAAAUGGGAAGCUGACCCCUAUCGACAGAUCACUGGACAAAGCUUAUGCAGACCAGCUUACAAAUCAAUGCCCUGCUGAUGCGAGCACGUCUAUAACCGUUAGCAAUGACCCUGAAACACCACAGGUGUUUGAUAAUCAGUUCUACAGGAAUUUGUUAGCUGGUAAAGGGCUCUUUCAAUCUGAUUCGGUGUUGUUUACUGAUGGAAGGACAAAAGAGAUGGUUGAAGAGUUCUCUGAGAGCCAGGAGAUCUUCUUCGAGAGGUGGGCAGCGUCCUUCAUCAAGCUUACGACCGUUGGUGUGAAAACUGGCAAUGAAGGGGAGAUACGUCGAGUGUGCAAUUUGACAAAUGGGUAAUUCUUGUAUGUGUCUCGUACAUAGCAUUGUUUCAUGUGCGAUGUGUUUUUUUUUCAUGGAGAAUGACUCACAAACAACUUAUUGCUGAUGAGAAAAUAGUGCAACUAGUUGAAUGUAGGGCUGGUGUAGGAUGGGGAUCAAGCAUGUUCCUAAUGCGCAUGGAUCGGAAGAAAUCCAAAGAGAAAUCGACAAAAAUUCAGCAUAGUUUGACCAAUCAUCCUUUGUGGUUGACAGGUCGAAAUUCUGUCUGAAAUUUCAAAUUGUGUAUUGGCUGAUUUCUGCCCGUUUAAACAGGUCAAGUUACUAUUCCGGAUUGCUUGUUGGGUGAUUUUUGCCAGUUUAGACAGGUCAAAAUAAUAUUCGACAGGUCGACAAGUCAAAAAAUCAUAGAAUUUUCAGUUUAAAUUUUUGAACAGUUAUGAGUUGUUUCGACUUGUCGACUUGACCAGUCGACGACAAGUCGAUAGAUGACGAAAAUUACACAUUUUUUAGAAA